GGCAUUGCACAUCAUGGCAGAGGAUCGCGAUGAAGCGAGCUUCUUUAGCUCACUGGCCGGCUUUUCGCUUGGCUCGGUGCUGUCCGAGAUGGAGGUGAACACCUCAGGACUUUCUAAUCAGCUCGGGCUGCAGGGGAUGGGAUUUGAUCUGGGAAAAGGCAUUGCGGAUGAGGAGCCAACAGGGCGAGAUACAGGAGAUGAUUGGGAAGAGGAAGUCGACCGAGAGAUGCGAGAAGAGGGUGCCAAUGGCAUGGUGGCAACGCCGGUUGGAGGCCCGAGAUCAAUCGACAUGAAGCCGCUCAUGCCGCUCGAACACAUGGAGGUCAUUUCCAAGAAACAAGUGGAGCCGGAGAGAAGCGUGUAUGAUCUCUUUCCGAGCUUCAGACCAGACAAGGUGUUGCCGUUCACGGAAAUCUUCGCUAGCAAACCCGUACGGAAGCGACAUUACCCCACACGAACUGCAACGAUUGAGCUAGUUACUGGUCCACCUUCACCACCUCCUGGGCCUGAGACCGGCAAUGCGUCGAAACCUGGCCCAGGACAACGGAAUCUUCUCUCGGAGGACUUGUUCGACAUCAUCCAACCCGUAUUACCACGUAAACGAGCAGAAUGGGAGACGGAAGGUUCCAUUGAUGAUACCUUGCGGAGAGCGAUAUUGAAACGUCGAAAGCUUGGAGAAGAGCUAUUUGAUCUUGACAUGGUGGAAGAUGUGUUUGAUCCGGUGAUGAUAGCGCCAUGGGAGAAAGAUAUCAUGUGGAAGCCACCUAACAAAGCACACGUGAAGCAUACCGACCAAGACGACAGUCAGCCUCACUACCCUGAGUACAAUGCUUGGCUCGACAGUGAUGACUGGGCGAAGUCCAUUAUGUGGACUCCAUCGACACUAUUCAAACCUUUCUUGGCACCGCCGAAACCGGUAGCUGUUGCAGAGAAACACGAGCAACCAACCGCCCCUAUCCCGCAACCGCUAUCUCGUAAAGCUCGUCUGCAACAGAGCAUCAUUUCAAAUCGAGCCGCACAACAAGUCAAAGACAAGUUUAAUUUGUCUAACGACCACAUGUAUGAGACUUUGCACGGAAGAGGCGUGCAGAGAGGUGUGAGGCAGACAUUCGGAAACCUGGAAGUGCAACAUGCAUAUCCCGCACAAAAGCUUCAGCUGCCAUUCUUCAAAACACGCCUUGGAAAGAGCGAAGCUCGCGCUUGGCAUCGCCCAGCUUUAUUGUUCCCGACGGAUAUGGAGCUUCGCUUUUCCCGCGUACGCAAACGCGACAAGGACAAGAGCAAGCGGAACAAGGGCGAAGGUCAGGAAAUGCGUAGGACGUCAGAUCUCACGCUGAAAGAUGGGUCGAAUUACCUGCUAUGGGAAUUUUCCGAGGAGUUUCCUCCUAUUAUGUCCUCCAUCGGCAUGGGUGCUAUUCUUGUCAAUUACUACCGAAAGCGUACCGAAGGCGACGACCAUGUACCGAAAGCCGACGUUGGUGUUGCAUUUGUCCUGGAACCCAAGGAUGAGUCGCCGUUCCUUAAAUUUGGCUCAGCUGAGCCGGGUCAGAUGGUCCCCACGCUGUAUAAUAACCUCAUCCGGGCACCCUUGUUCCGACAUAAACCAUACGCUACAGAUUUUCUUGUUGUUCGGAGCACUCAAAAUGGGGAGACAAAAUAUUUCCUCCGGGAAAUCAAAAACCUUUUCGUAGUCGGUCAGACGUAUCCUGUAGUUCCCGUGCCUGGACCACACUCCCGAGCCAUAACGACUACCAUCAAAAAGCGCCUCGAGGGUAUUGUCUACCGGCUGCUCAAGAAAAGCAAGCAGGAGCGCAUUAAGAUCAGCCGGUUGAUGAAGUAUUUCCCGGACCAAAACGAGCUGCAAAUGAGAGGACGACUCAAAGAGCUCAUGGAGUAUAAUCGACGCGGCGAGCACCAGGGAUAUUGGCGACUCAAGUCUAAGCACACUCUGCUGCCCGAUAGCGAGAUCAUCGCACUGGUCACGCCGGAGAGUGUCGUUCUCUGCGAAGCGAUGCAGGUUGGUCAGCGGCAUCUACUAGAUGCUGGGUACGGCCAAGCCGCAGACGGUGCGGGCGAGGAAGCGGAAGCAGGGGAGGGGGAAGAUGGGGAAGGUAUGGGCAUCGAACAGCAGCUUGCGCCCUGGAUCGCGACGAAGAACUUUAUAAACGCGACGCAGAACAAGGCAAUGCUCAAACUGCAUGGGGAGGGUGACCCUACAGGAAGAGGGGAGGCGUUCAGCUUCGUGAGGGUCUCCAUGAAGGAGAUAUUCAUCCGCGCGGGAGAGGAUGCGCAGGAGAAAAUUGCUGAGGCCAAUGCACGACCCAAGAAUGCCCAUCGGUACAACGUACAGCAGCAACAGCAAAUCUACCGCUCUGAAAUCGAACGUAUCUGGAAAGCCCAAUAUGACUCCCUUUCGUCCAAGAUCGAGCCUGAUCUAGAUGUGGAAGAAGAAGAGCCCAUGCGGGGCUCUCGCCAGCCCUCAGUGGGGUACUCCGCCCCGAAACCGAUCACAUUCCGUGAUGAACGGCAGUUCCCUACGGCACAUACGGCCUUCUCCCCGCCUGUCCGUUCUCCUCUCGCUGCUGGACCAUCCUAUGUGCGCGGUGCGUCGGAAUACAGCCGAGGCUCUAGCGCCGAUCUCGAACGGGAUAUGGAGGACGACAUGCUCAGCCAGGGCGGGGUAGCUGCCAACCAAGCAAGCGCAAAUCGGGUUCUGCGAAUUCGUAGGAUGCAGCCAGACGGUAGCUGGAAGACUGAGAUCGUACGAGACGAAAACGUGAUCAACGUCUAUAUCCGCGCGCGCAGAAAUAUCGAGGAAGAGAAUAUGAUGCCCGACGUUGCUCUCCCCACUGGAGACGCGACGACGGAUACCCGGAUGCGCAAGCGGCUUGAAGCUGAGAUCAGCAGAAUGAAGCGGAACCAAGAACGGCGGUUGACUAGGAAGAACCAGAGUCUAGUCAAGUCUGGAGGGCGGCCAAUCCAGCUCGACCGGCCUGCCAAAGCGGACACUUCUCGCCGGUGUGGCAACUGCGGGCAGAUAGGACACAUGAAGACGAAUCGAAAAUGUCCGCGGUACGCAGAGUUCAAUCCUGUGCCAACAACCGCGACGCCCAUAGCUGCCAGCCCACCUGCGGCGCAUGCGGCGUUCCCGAGCUUCUCUACGCCGGGGUUGGCAAGGCAGGCCAGUGCAUUUGGGUUCCCGAAUGUGAGCAGUCCGUUGGCGACGAGUCCCCCGCUGGUGAGGGAUCAUGCGGAGAGCCCGGGAGCAAGACCGCCAAAGUUAAAGAUUACAAUCAAGAAUAAGACGUAGGGGGGGAAGAGGAGGGUGUGUAUC